AUGUCAGAGGGACAAGAAACUAAUAAACUGGAGGCUUCGUUAAGCCAUGCGGCAUCUUCAGUUAAGUUGCAGUCGAUCGUAUUGGAUGAUAAUCAUGAUAAUUUAUGUGGUAUCUGUUUUACCGAGAUUCAUCCCACUGAAAAUCCACGCGGCCGACUGAAUUCAUGCGAUCAUAAGUUUUGCUCGUGUUGCAUAAAAGAAUGGGCUAAAAUGACUAAUGUAUGCCCGGCCUGCAAGGCGCGCUUUACACGUAUUCUUACCGUCACCUCUGCAGGUAACGAGGAGGUUACUAAAGUUCGAAAAAGGAACUACAAGGCUUGGCUCGAAGAGGAUGAGGAGGGAGAAGAAGAAGGCGAAGGAGGAGUAGAAGAAUCUCUCGAGCUACAGCUCGAGAGAGCGGACGGCAAUAUCGCUCGUUUUUUGUCAGACUGCGAAGCUGGGAGCGACGACGAAGUGAUGCCGCCAAGCGCGUCUUCCACUCACAGCAGGACUAAUAUGGUCCGCUGUGAUGUAUGCCAGCAAUAUGAAAAUGCCUCUCGCAUCAUUUUCUGUGAUAGUCGCGAUUGUGUGUUUGCGGUGCACCUGGACUGCUUGGGAUUGAGUGAGCACCCGUUGACGUUUUUUUGCCCCACAUGCGCGAAGCGUCGGCGGUCCGACGGGGGUCAAAAUCCCAACCCGACCUUGAAGGAGAAGCGCAUGGAGGAUUCCACACCUCCGGCGCCGAUUUCCGUGGUGACCCCGUCGCGGACGGCGGUGGUUCCUCCUCCUUUACUCCCCCCCCAGCGGCGGCCGCAAGCCCUUCCUGGGAAUGCCCCCUCUCCCCGGGCCCCCCUCCCCAGGGCGACCCCACGACGGACGACCCCCUUAUCUCGGCCGCGGGCGCCCGUCGUGGAGCCUCCGGUUGACUUUUCCAAACCCUUCCCGCCCUCCACCCAACCCGGUUGGGGUCGGGGAUGGGAGGCCUUGGGCUCUGCCCUGCCCAGGGGCCGGCCGGCCGAGGAUGACCUCUACUUUCUUCGGCCCAACCCCCACGCCAUGCAGGCGACGAGGGAUUUCAUGAAACUCAGCGAGGCCCGCAGGUACGAAUCGGAGGUCCGACGGGACCGGAAGGCGGCCCAACAGCGUCGAGUCGCGGACGCGGAAGGCCCCUACCGGGGCUAUGCGAUUUCCCCAAUGGAAAGGGGGGGGUAUGAUGACCUUCUUCGAGGCUCCAAGCGGCGGCGGGAGGGAGGGGCUGUGGGGCCCUCGUUGGAGGAGCGGCAGCGGCGUCUGGAGGCCGCAGAGGCGGAGCUGCGGGAUCCCGCGCGGCGGGGGUGGAUCCUCGAGCGGAUGGCGCGUCGCUCCGCCGCGGGGUUGAUGCCCGUCCUCCGGCAGAAAGCCGUCGUGGCGGAAAGUCGACUGCGGUUGGAUGGGGCCGGGGAGGUCCGCCGCGGGGCGCCCACCUCAGAGCAGGCGGAGUUGCAGCGGGAGCAUGACCUGUGGGAGUCGGCGAUGGGGCAGGCGCGGGGAAUGGUGGCGGCAGAGCUCAAGCGAGAGGCUGCUUCACUUCGGGCACAGCGGGAGUCGUUGGUGCGGGCGCAGGCUCAACGUGAAGCCGCGGCGCUGGCGAAGCUCGCGCGGAUUAUCGCCUCGCAUCGGCGCCCCUCGGCACCUCAGUGA